UUGCGAUUGUUACGAGCACUUCGACCACUUCGAGUUAUCAAUCGGGCUCCUGGUGUAAAAUUAGUUGUUAUGACGUUGAUCUCAAGUUUGAAACCUAUCGGAAAUAUUGUGUUGAUUUGUUGCACCUUCUUCAUCAUUUUCGGAAUCCUUGGUGUUCAAUUGUUUAAGGUGAGAUAUGAAUCUAAAUUGAAAAAUUCCUGGAUCAGAAAUUCUGAAAUUUAAAAUAAAUCAAAAAUUAUUUAUUUCUAGGGUAUGAUGUAUCACUGUGUUGGACCUGACGUCUCAGAUAUAAAAAACAGAACACAUUGUUUGAGCGAUCCACAUAACAAAUGGGUGAAUCAUAGAUAUAAUUUCGAUAAUCUUGGUCAAGCAUUGAUGUCUCUCUUUGUUUUAUCCAGUAAAGAUGGUUGGGUUUCGAUUAUGUAUCAAGGAAUCGAUGCAGUUGGCGUUGAUAAGCAGGUAUAUUUGAAAAAAAAAAUUUCUCCCCGGCCGGGAAUUGAACCCGGGUCUCGCAUGUGACAGACGCGGAUACUCACCACUAUACUACCGAGGACACAUUUUCUUUCUCUCUUUUCUACAUGUUAUCAAAAUGUUUAUUUGCAGCCAAUCGAAAAUUACAAUGAAUGGCGAAUGAUAUAUUUCAUAUCAUUUUUGCUUUUGGUUGGUUUCUUCGUAUUGAAUAUGUUUGUCGGAGUCGUUGUUGAAAAUUUCCAUAAAUGUAAAGAAGCAUUGGAAAAAGAGAUGAGAGAAAAAGAAAAGGAAAAACGAUUGAAACGAAAACUCAAACGACAACAAUAUGAAGAAAGUAUGGCUGGAAAACAGAAGAAAAGUGAGUUGUUUUCGUGUGAAUGUAGCUGACACCAUUUUUUGGUUUUCGGUAUUAUUUUCUUGGUUUUUGUACUAACAUUUUCUCUUUUGUUUAUAGAUCGAAUCGUGUGGGCAGGUACCGCAAUUAAAUCUAUGUUUUCAGUCGAACGGAACUAUCCGUAUUAUCAUGAUUAUGGUCAUACUAGACUUUUUCUUCAUGGAAUUGUUACCUCGAAAUAUUUUGAUCUGGCGAUUGCAGCGGUUAUUGGUGAGAUUCUUUUUUCUUUGAAAAAAAAAACAAAAAUAUUUUUAGGUAUCAAUGUUAUUUCGAUGGCAAUGGAGUUUUAUAUGAUGCCAAAAGAACUGAAAUAUGUGCUCAAAGCUCUGAAUUACUUCUUUACUGCAGUUUUCACAUUAGAAGCAGCUAUGAAACUAAUUGCUCUUGGUUUCAAACGUUUCUUCAUUGAAAAAUGGAAUCGGCUUGAUAUGUUUAUUGUUAUUCUUUCAAUUGCUGGUAUCAUUUUUGAAGAAUUCGAAGCUCUGGAAUUACCCAUCAACCCAACAAUCAUCCGAGUUAUGAGAGUUCUGAGAAUCGCAAGAGUUCUGAAACUGCUGAAAAUGGCAAAAGGUAUACGAUCAUUGCUGGAUACUGUAGGAGAAGCAUUGCCGCAAGUUGGUAAUCUUGGAUCACUCUUCUUUUUAUUGUUCUUCAUAUUUGCUGCUCUUGGUGUGGAAUUAUUUGGAAAACUGGAAUGUUCUGAAGAUCACCCAUGUGAUGGUUUGGGAGAACAUGCGCAUUUCAAAAAUUUUGGAAUGGCAUUUUUGACUCUAUUCCGGAUAGCAACAGGAGAUAAUUGGAAUGGAAUUAUGAAAGAUGCACUUCGAGAUGAUUGUGAUUCUUCAGAUCAUUGUGAAACAAAUUGCUGCGUUGAUCCGAUUCUUGCACCUUGCUUUUUCGUUAUUUUCGUACUUAUUUCUCAAUUUGUUUUGGUCAAUGUUGUAGUUGCAGUUUUGAUGAAACAUUUGGAAGAAAGUAAUAAACGAGAUGCAGAUCCAAUUGAAACAACAGGUUUGUUAUUUUUAACUUUGCCCUUCCAAGAAAAGUCCUUUUUUGCAGGUGAAAACAUGGAAAAUGAGAUCACAAAAUCAGAUGAUGAUGAAGCUGAGCCUGGAACAGUUCUAGGUAUUGAAAAUGUGAGAAAUAAUCGGGGAGAUGAGAAUGGAAAUGAUGAAAAUGAAAAUGAAGAAGAUGAAGAUAAUGAAGAGGACGAAGAAGAACAAGAGCUUCCAGAUGGUCAUGGUGGAAUAAAACGGUUAUCUGUACAGGUUUUGGAGCAGGAAUUAAUUGAAGUUGAACGGAAUAUUGAAGAAAGAAUGAGACGAGAAAGCGAGUUUUAUGGAGAACUUGAACCAUUGAAUCAAGGUAAAAUAAUAAAUCAAUAUUUUUUGGGUACAAAGCUCAUUUGAACUGUAUAAGUUUUUUUAAGAAUCAUUUCAAAAUUAAUUUUAAACUUUUUCAGAGAGUGAGGACUUCGAAACGCACGAAUUCAGGCCGCGCAGUAAAUCAUACAAACCAAGAACCAGGUAACUUUCAACACCAAAAAAGGCCCCUGAAAUUUUCAAACAAUUAUGUUUUACAGAACUGAUAGUGUUUUGAGUGAUCGAAGUCGUGCAUCACACAAAUCUGCAUUUUAG